GUCAGCUUGUAUUUUAGGUGUAAGAUUUGUCAGACGAAGGAGCUGAGGAGUAGGCUUUGCCCGUGUGUGAGAGACAGAGAGAGAGAGAGAGAGAGAGGUCCUCAAUGGAAGAGAAGGGAAAGGGGAAGAAGCGAUCCUCCAAACAAUCAUCUUCUCGUUCGCAUAUAAACAUUCUUGACGAUGGCUGUCUCAUGCACAUCUUCAGCUUCUUAUCCCCUAUUCCAGAUCGGUAUAACACCGCCCUCGUUUGCCACAGAUGGAGUUACCUGGCAUGUCAUCCUCGCCUGUGGCUACGUGUAGAUCGGUCUGUCCAAGAUUUAUCUCAACCUGGAGUUUUCCCUAACAUUGAAACAGCUGUCUCUGCUGCAAGGCCAGGUGACACCAUUCUGAUUGCGGCAGGAGGGAUUCAUGUUGCUUGUAAUAUUCAAAUAAAAAAGCCCGUUUGCUUGAUUGGCGGAGGGGAGCUUCCUGAUGAUACGAUGCUUCUAUGUUCCCGGGGUUCAGACAGUGCAUUGGAGUUCCUGUCAACCUGUAAAUUGGCGAACCUAACGGUGAAGUCAGAGCUGGGUUGCUGCUUGCUCCAUAGGAGUGGGAGACUGACAAUUGACGGGUGUGUUCUUCAAUGCGAGUCAAACCCCUUAGAUUAUCUCUCCCAUGCGAUUGUGAGCACAGCCAGUGGCCCUGAGGUUUUUCCGUUGGUGAAAAGCCGAGGUGACAGCGUUUCUGUUUCUCGAACUCGAAUUGAAGGAGGUGCCAAGGCUGUUAUGACAAGUGGAACCCUGGCACUGCAGCGUGUUCGAGUAAUUUAUGCUCGAACUUCCCUGUUUUUCUGGUUUGAUGUAGAGCACCUAUGCCAAUGAUAUAUUCCAGUGCUAUUCCGUAAAAAUAUGAACUUUUAGUUGUAUAUUUAUUUCAGGUGUUGUAUUAAUUUUAGAAUAUCAUGUCAUAAUACUGGUUUUGAAGGUUUGUGCUAAUUGGUACGAUCCAUUGUGGUUGAAUAAAUAUUCAUUUAGUUUGUUCCUCUGCA